AUAAAUUUUCAGACAAAAAAUGGGGCCUGGUCUGAAGAACAGAAGUAUAGAAGGUACGAUCAAGGGUCUCACUCUCUCUGCUUGCUCCGAUCCAAGAGCUCACAGGUUUUUGUGAGUGAUUUGGUCACCAGAUGCAGUCACAAGAGAAACCUCCGUCAGAGCCUGCAGAAAUGGAGCCGCGAAUCGAUGAAAUUUUUCCACUCUCAAACAAACCGUUCCAUGGUGUUAUUCUUGGAAAAUCGCAUGUUGCUCCUGCAUAUCUUAUGAGCUUGCCAGCCAAAUUUCAUUCUGUUUUACCUGCUAUUGUGAUCCAUGGGGUUGUUUACUGUGGGGGCAAGGAAUGGAGGGUAGAUUACUAUGGAAACCGACGCGGUAGGACGCUCGAUACCAGAGGCUGGAGGAAGUUUGUUGAUGAAAAUCAUCUCAAAUAUGGAGAUGCUUGUGUAUUUGAGCUCAUGGAAUGUAGCAGCAGCAUGGUCAAAUUCAGAGUUCAAAUUCUCAGAGGUGACAUUCCUGUACAACUGCACGACAAGUUCAGGGGGGAGAGUAGAGACACUCCUAUAAAUAUUGACUAGCUGCCCCUGAUUUCUAUGGCUUGUUAACAGCAGCGUUUCCAGUUGUCCGAUCUCCCCUACGCCUAGGACAAUGAUAAGGGAGGAAUGGUAUUAACUGUUGCUCUUAUUAAUGCAGUGUUACCCAUUGCUCCGAUCUCUCCUACACCUAGGAUGUUGUCGGGCCAAUAAGGGAGGAACGUUAUUAGACGUUGUUCUUCUUAUGCCUUAGCAGGUGUUCCCUAGGAUUAGGUAACCCCUUUUUUUUCUGUAAGUGGAUAUGUAAUCCUGUUAUAUGGUUCAUGGAUACUUCAAUUUGUACUCCAUUCUCUUUGCAUUUUGGAGUAUUUGAUUGUAGUUUUAUAUAAUAUACGUUUGUUAAUUAGGGGGUAA